AUGUAUAGUAACCUAAAUAUUAAGAAGAAUCUAUAAAGCAGCCAAUCUCAACCAUCCUUCUACUACCAAGACUAUCUCUCCGGCAACACUUGCAACUCAUCAACCUUCCUCAGAGAAAUAUCAUACUAGGUUAAUUUAACGGAAUUGUACAAAGUAAUUGGAUCAUGCUAUUUGAAUGCUUAAAUGGAAUUCUGUCCAGUUCUUGUUCAAAUAAACCAUACUCUGCUGAAGAAAGAGUAUGGAGCUGAGUACUUAUUGUAAGUUUGGGAUAGACAGGGCUAAAAAGUUUACCAGCGACCCCUCAAAAGUAAAGAUACCUAUUUCCGUUUGAUUGUUAUUAUAAGAUCCGAUAAAGACUUGGGCUGCGACGAUGACUUUGACUGUUACCAUUUGGUGAAUCUUAAGAACGGAAAUUCAACUCUUUUGAUCAAGGACUGCAUAAAUGAUCCAACAUGCGGCUUCAUCGCUUAUUCUCACGAGGUCUUAUACAUUGCAAACAAAUCUACAAUAUUUCUUAUAAAUUCAAAACACUCUAUUGAACACGGAGAAGUCAAGAGAAUCGAUCUUUCCAACAGGACUGAGAAUGUUCAGCGGAUCGUGCCAGGACUAAAUAUUCAUGGACUCUUCAAUUAUCAUGUCUAACGCACUCCAUUUUUCAAGAGUCAUAUUGUAGUUGUAGCUCUGGAAACGUCAGAUAACCAACUGGACUUUUCUCAAGUCUUUAACAUGAACAUCGGAACUCCAAGUUUCAAAUAUUAACUCCGACAAUAAAGGGAGUUAGUGGGAAGAGAUGUGAAGAUAGAUCCUAUUCAGAAAUUCUAAUUCAUCAUCGAUUCUAAGAAUACUUUCUAUGGAAUUUCUCUAAGACAAUCAGGCCAUUGCGAUCUUUACUGGGAUAUGACGCUUGUAGACUCUCCCCCAGAGGGUACUAUAAAUUCUCGAAUUAAAUCUUAUUUACUAGACCUUGCCAAGGACGUAUCUUUGAGUUUUGAUGAAAUUUACAUGCACAUGAAAACAGAUAAUUCAAUACGUGGUAUUGCCUGCACUGGUCCUUCGAUUACAUUUGAGCAAUCUGAUGUAGAAAGUGAAGAUUUUGAAUUUUCUAUUAUUUUCUAUCAGAACAUAAAAAAUCAUGUUCAUCUUUUUGGAAGUUUCUCACUUAUCAGAACAACUCUCUAUGUAGUACACGGCCCAUUCAUUUCACUUUAUGAUAUUAGAAGAGCUGUUUGGCUGAAGCAUGCUAAAUUUUUGGAAGGAGAUAUUUGCAAACUUGUUAAAAAGAUGACUCUUCGCAAAGGCAAAGAAACAUCUCCAAGAGAUGAGCAAGAAAAACUUGAACUCGCAGCAAUCCUGAUGAACGGUUCAAUAUACAUGAAUAUUUAAAGUCUUAUUUUCUCUGAGGAGAAACUAAAGCAAACAUAAGAUGCAACGACUCAGAGUAGUGUUCAACCUUUGUAAUAUGUUUAGUCCAUUCUAAACAUUGACUCCAACUUUAAAUAUCAAAAUGACCUAAUUUAAGGGGAACUGAUAAAAGUUGCUGAGGAUCAGUAGAGAAACGAGUGGUGCUAUAUUAUGAUGAAACAAGAAAUGCAAAAGGUUGGAGAAGAGCCAAGCUAUCUUGUGAGGCUUUUUGUCAUGCAUUAUGAUGAAAUCUAUGAAAUCAAGGAAGGCAUUGAGGACCCCAUUGAUAUUUUUACAAGUUUCGUACAUGUUUUCUCACCUUCUGAAGAAGCCUAUCUAGUUCUAUAAAAGCAUUCUUAAGUGAUGGUGUAUCAUCUUACUAUUGGCAAGCCACCAACAACGGAUUUUGAAGAACUUACUCCUCUAGGUAAUGAGGUCAAAGAUACAGUAAUAGCUUAAUGUAUCCUCCAAGAUACUAUCAGAAAUGUUGCUGGAAGUUUUCACUCUAGUAUGACUACUAACAUUCAAGAUCACAUCUUCUUUGUUGAUGAAAGACAUAUCUACCUCUAUAAUAUAGUUUAAAAAUAGAGCAAGACCUACAAAGACUAAAAUUGUGUCGGUCUCUUUGUCGUUGAUAACAAAUUUUGCUACACUUUGAGUCAUUCUAGCGGAGAUAAAAGCUCUGGUCUUAGACUUUAUGAUAUUAACAAUAUCCUAUCUAAAGAUACAGAUGUCAGUUACCUUCUUCAAAACGUCUAAGUUGGCUUUGCUGGAGUAAUAGAUUGGAAUCAAGACUAUUCAAGAUUCAGUAUUUUGAAAUCUCUUGAUUGCUUGACCAUCUUGCCUGCUCUUCACAGAAACACUAUCGCAUUCAUUGGUAUGAGCAAGCGUCAGACAUAUCUUGCUACCAAGGUAAUCAAGGACAAGUUUAUUGCUCUUGACAACAAGAACUAACUUCUGUGCUGGAAUAUUACAACUGGCAAACUCAACUCUGUUCAUAGAUUACCAACUCGUUAAGACUACUCUAGAUUUAGCAUAUUCAGUUCACCAAAGGACGAUCCAUAUGGAUCAGCUUAUCACAGAGAAUGGAUGUAGAAAAUCUUGCUAGUCAAAAAUGAUAGAGAAAUUGACUUUGAUGAAAACUCUUUCUAUAAAAAUGAGGGAGUCAUAGCCUCUGCUCAUAAUCAAGUAUCUUAUGCCUAGAUCUAAAAGAAGGAAUUCAGGGAAUAUAGACUGAUUGAAAUAGUUAGUGAUAUCGAGGUCAAGGAGCAUCUUGUCUUUAUUCAUCCAUUUUACUUCAACGAUAAGCAAAGAAUUUACUUUGACAGUAAAAACUAAUAUAUGCUAGAGAAACUGGGUCAUCCAAGAGUAUUCCUAUACGAGAAAGAGGAAAAUAGAAUGAGAAGAACCAUUAAGUGGCGAUGCAUUAGAAGAUUCUCAAAGUAUCCAGAAGAACUCGAAAAUGAUUCAGGAUUCCUAAGAGCUCUGAGUCCUUCGUUCUAAAACUUGGUGGAUGUCAACAGAAAAGAUAACUUAUUUGUAAUUAGAGAUACGUUUUCAAACAGAGUCAUUUGCACAGUUCCAAAGGACUUAAUGGACUUGAAUUUAGAACCAGCAAGCGAAAUCAUGAAUAGAUUCAAAUGGGUGGACGACGAGACCAUAAAGAUCAUCAAUCACGAGGGCAUAGAAAAGAUAGUUUACUUAAGAGGCAUGGAACUCAUUGAGAUAGAGUAUAAUGUCAUUCCACUAUUCGACAAUCAUGAAAUCAAGAGUCCACUCAGACAUUACUAUACAAACAAGUCUCAACUCUCAGUGUGGCAAGUCAAAGAAAGGCUAAUCAGGAAAUAUCAGGCUUACAAGUCAGGUUACUAUUUAGAACACAAGCAAGAUGCAUACGGUCUUUACCCAGACGUGUUCACCGUCGACUACCAGGUUGAUCAUUGCAAAGGAAUGCAUGUAGCUGAUAUGAGUUUCACAUUCUUGCAUUGGAAGAUGAUGGAGCAACUUGAAAAGAAAGCUCUUCAGAUUGAACUGGUUGAUAACAGCCAAAUUGAACUACUGCUGUAUAAUAUCCUGCCACAGGGCAACACAAUCUUGCACAAACUUUCAGCUAAUGGAGAUGUUAUCAAGAAAUUAUUCCACCUAGCACACCCUAAUGAAGAAAAUGUGAAGGAAAUCCACAUUCAUGUACCAUUCUUGCAGAAUCUAAACGGUGAAUCUCCUCUGCAUAUAUGCAAGAAGCAGUAGGAUAUCAGAACAAUGGAUACUAUGCUGACUUACUUAGCUGGCUAUGGUAUAGACCAUCAUUCAAGAGCCUUAAUAGAACUAAUGCCAAUAAUUAUUGAAAAAUAACUUCCAAGUUUACUUCCUUAUCUAGAUUCAAGAUUAGUUUAGACCAGAAGACUUGAAAAGAUAACUAAAGGUUGCUUAAAGAAAAAUUCACUAGGCAUUUGUGAAAGCAAGAUCUGGUUUAACUAUGAUGACGUAGAGAAAAAACUAAUGGAAACGAGGAAAGAAGGAGAUGAAAGUAUGGUGGAGAGACCAAUCAGAGUGCAAUUUGUGGAUUUGCCAAAUGUAUAUCACUACGAUGACCCAAUCUGCGACGAAUUCUUCGGCUAGCUCGCAGACACUGAUUAGUACGAUGUAUUCGCCAGAAAGGGCAUUCAGAAGAUGAUAGAAUUCAAUUACCCGCUUGUAAAGAGCUGGACAAUCAAGAGGUUGUUUGUUCCAUUCGUUAUGUUCCAAGUCACACUGUUUGUCUAUUUGAACGUUAUUUUCAAACAGCCUGGUGCGCUUAUUGAGAAGAUCGAUUUCCCAAUGCAGAUUCUGCUAGGACUGUUCUCAUGCUACUUCUUGCAAAACGAGUUGUUCCAGAUGAGGACUGAAGGGCUAAACUAUUUCUCUUCUAUUUGGAAUUACAUAGAUAUUGUCACACCUUCUACUAUCAUGACUGUGGUAUGUAUAAAUGCUUUCAACAUUCACAUGGACGAUGAAUCAGAGAGAGUGCUGCAGGCUAUCGGAGUGUUCUUCAUGUGGUUCAAGUUCUUGUACUUCUUCCGUAUCUUCAAGAACUUCGGAUAUUUGACUAGACUCAUCAUCAUCGUUAUCAACGACAUGAAGACCUUCCUGUUUGUGAUGUUUUUCACUAUUAUUGCCUUCUCUGACUCUCUUCUUACUCUCAGCAAUGGAAAUAAAGAGGGAGAAAGAUUUGUGCACGGAUUCGGUGAUUCCAUUAUCUACACCUACAGAAUCAUCUUAGGAGACUUUGAUGUCAAAGAUUUCCAUGGCUGCGGAACAGAAUUAGUUUAUGCUUUGUUCAUUAUGUGCACAGUGUUCAACACCAUUGUCAUGCUCAACCUUUUGAUUGCCAUUAUUUCUGAAACCUUCUCAAUGGUGAAGGAAAACGCUUCAAAUGCUGCCUACUAGGAAAUGGCUUCCAUGAUUGCUGAGAAUUCUUAUUUGAUUCCAGAUAGGAUCAAGCAGAGUUAUGCUGAGAAGAACAGAAAUCUUAUGAUUGUGACUGACUUAGAAAACGAGAUGGAAGAUGACAGUGAUGAAUGGAAAAUAGUUAUAAAUAGAAUUGAGCAAGUUAAGAAAAACAUGCUCAAUAAGAUGAGUCACAUUAACAAGGAUGUCAAGAAGAUCAGUAGACAUACUGAAGCAUAGUAAAUAUGGCAGGAGAUGCAGGAUUUCAGAACCAAUCAGAUCCUCAACAACAUAGAAAAGCUUCAAAAUCAGAGAAUGGACAAUGAUAUUGCCUCGUCAAGAUUAGAAACCGACAGUGUGUUGGGAGGUAUGUUUGGAAGUGGGAACCAGACUCAGACCAAUCCAAGAAUGACAAUGCUCAUCAAGAGAACUAUGCAGAAUAACCUUUCAAACAAAGUGAUGGGGUUGAUGUCUGACAAGAGAAACACACUUCUGUAGAGAAAGAAGCCAGAAGGCAGUGACUUAACAAAGUGA